GCUGACAAGAUGGCGUACGCUCCAAAAAAUGAUGGUCGUCCGAAUUCGAAGUUCUACGAAUCUCCAGAAGUCCUUGCACUGUUUGAGGGUGUGAAAUCGUGGCUCUUAAAGAAUUCAAAGAAGCACGUCGCAGCAGAUCCUCCAACAGCGAAGAGUCUAGUCCAGCUUGUUGUUCAACUGAUACAGUUUCAAGAGGACAACUUCGGAAAGGAUGCUGACAAACCCGCUAGAACACGGCUUCCAGCACGGUGUUUUGUGGACUUCGAACCAGGCAAUGGUUUAUGUCAAAUUCUGGCAGCAGUAUAUAAGUUUAAGACGGACCAUGCCCUACGAAGGUUUGAUCUCCAGUCGCCGUCCAAGAUGGACCGCCACAUCGAGCUGUUCCAAGCGAUCGAGAAGACGCUGGUGGCCGCCGGCCAGUUGGUCAUCCCCAGCGUGUUCAUCGCGCACGAGGUGGACAAGACGGAGCGCGACAAGCUGAAGGAGACGGUGCGCGCGCACGGCGGCACCAUCGCCGAGUCCCGCGACAAGGCCACGCACGUGGUGUACCCGACGCAGGACCCGCUGGAGGAAGAGUACGCCCGACCGCUGUUCAAGCGCGACAAGUACACCAUGCUGCACUGGUACUACUUCCCCGACUCGUACGACACGUGGGUCACAGGUCUUGAAUUGGACGACAACGUACCCGAGUCGCCCGAAUUCGAUGCCGAGAAGCAGUGGCGAGUCACCCUGAACUGGGUCCAGGACCUGGACGAGUACAACGAGUGGAUGAAUGAGGAAGACUACGAGGUCGACGAGACGGGCAAGAAGAACAAACACGAGAUGUGUUUGUCCGUCGACGACCUGGACGCCAUGGCCGCCGGCGAGUCGGAGAAGGCCAAAAAGUCCUCCAAAAAGCGGAAACGCUCGCCGUCUCCGGUGGCCUCCAAAUCCAAGUCCCGAAAGACUCCCGGCCCGAAGCCCAAGAGCAAGCGGUCCAAGAACGACGACGAGGAGGACCUGACGAAGGACAUGGAGGAUCCGCCGGCCGAGACCAGCAUUGCCGAGGUGGCGCUCCCCAAAGGCUCCAGCAAGAAAGAUGGCGACAACCAGCCGGUGAAGGGCGGCACGCUGGUGGACCUGGAUGAGGAGGCCAAUCAGGAGGAGCCCAGCAAGGCGGCCGACGAGAAGAAGGACGAGAUGGAGGACAACGCUACUGAGCAGACGCACAAUAUCAUCGUGCCCAGCUACUCGGCUUGGUUCGACUACAACGCCAUCCACGGCAUCGAGAAGCGCGCCAUGCCCGAGUUCUUCAACGACAAGAACAAGAGCAAGACACCAGAGACCUACUUGGCCUACAGGAACUUCAUGAUCGACACAUACAGACUGAACCCCACGGAGUACAUGACGAGCACGGCUGCCCGGCGGAACCUGGCCGGCGAUGUUUGCGCCAUCAUGCGGGUGCACGCCUUCCUGGAGCAGUGGGGCCUCAUCAACUACCAGGUGGAUAGCGACAGCCGGCCCAUGUCGAUGGGGCCGCCGCCCACCUCGCACUUCCACGUGCUGUCGGACACGCCCACCGGCCUGCAGCCCAUCAACCCGCCGCGCACCGGGCAGCCGUCGGCCGCCAAGCAGUUGUGCGACUUCGACAAGAAGCCCGACGGCGAGGCGGCCGGCGCCGGCGCCCGCGCCGACGCCAAGGACAUCACAGACAACUUCGGCCUCAAGCUCGAUCAGUACGCCAAGAAGUCCGGCCUGAUGCGGAACAAGCAGGCAGCGAACCUGGCGCGGGACUGGACCGAGCAGGAGACGCUGCUGCUGCUCGAGGCGCUCGAGCUGUACAAGGACGACUGGAACAAGGUGUGUGAGCACGUGGGCACGCGCACGCAGGACGAGUGUAUCCUGUACUUCCUGCGGCUGCCCAUCGAGGACCCCUACCUGGAGGAUCCCACCUGGGGCGAGGGGGCCAUCGGACCGCUGGCGUACCAGCCGAUCCCGUUCAGCAAGUCAGGCAACCCGAUCAUGUCGACGGUGGCCUUCCUGGCCAGCACGGUGGACCCGCGCGUGGCCGCCUCCGCCGCCAAGGCAGCCAUGGAGGAGUUCGCGCGCAUCAAGGAGGAGGUGCCGUCGGCGCUGCUCGACCAGCACGUCAAGAACGUGGCGCGAGCUAUCGCCGAGGGCAAGGAACCCCAGGCGGCGCUGGAGAAGAGCGGGAUCGCCGGCACCGUGCCCGAGAAGGAGGACGAGGAGCGGAAGGCGACCGACAAGAAGGAGCCGUCCGCCGGCGGCGAGGGCGGCGACAAGCCGGACGGCGACGAGGCCGCUGAGAAGCGCGACGGCGACGCAGCCAAGGAGGCGGCCGGCGCCGAGGAGAAAGAAGCGGCCGGCGCAGGCGGUGACCAGCCGGCGCCCGCCGCCGCCGCCGCCGCCGCCGGUGGCGAGCCGGUCAAGGAGGAGCCGGCCGAGCCGGCCACGCCCGAGGAGGUGGCGCGCGUGGAGACGGAACGCGACCGGCUGGUGAAGGACGCUAGCCUGCAGACGGCCGCGUCGGCCGCACUCAGCGCCGCCGCCAUCAAGGCCAAGCACCUGGCCGCGGUCGAGGAGCGUAAGAUCAAGUCGCUGGUGGCACAGCUGGUCGAGACGCAGAUGAAGAAGCUGGAGAUCAAGCUGCGCCACUUCGAGGAGCUGGAGACGACGAUGGACAAGGAGCGCGAGACGCUCGAGUACCAGCGCCAGCAGCUGCUGCAGGAGCGCCAGCAGUUCCACAUGGAGCAGCUGCGUGCCGCCGAGUUCCGCGCGCGCCAGCAGGCGCAGGCAGUGCUGGCGCAGGGCGGCGCGCCAGCCGCCGUGCGGCACGCCCACUACCCGAAGCACCGCUGGUCGGCCGGGCCACCUCAGUCAAAGACCCGGACCCGUCCCGGCCGUCCGGGUGUGAUGACCUCCGACCCCACCUGA